AUGUCAUUUAAAUUUCCUUCUUUUGAUUUCAAAUCUAUUCAAGAAUCUUUACCAAGUGUUGAUCAAGUCAAAGAAUCAUUCACUAAAACCGGUGACCAAUUAAGUAAAUCUAUUCAACCAUACACCUCGAAAACUUCUCAAUUGAUUACUGAACAACUCAAACAUUUAGAACAAUUGGCUAAUAAUAAUGUUAACUCCGAUAUUGAAAUUAGUGAAUUACCUCAAGAUUAUUUACAAUUAGAAGCUAAUUGUGAUUUAUUAUUGAAAUUAUAUACUGAUUUGAUUCAAUCAACUAAUGAUACUUAUGGUAAAAUCAGUUAUGAUUAUCCUCCAGGUAAUUAUGCUAUAAAUAGAAUUAAAGGUGCUAAUGUUGGUGGAUUAAUUGGUCAAAAAUUCAAUCAAUUAAAAAAUGUUUCAUCUCCUCAAGAAUUGGAAAAAGUUUUAUUAGGUCAAGAUACUAAAGAUGGUCAACAAGUUGAAGAAGAAGAAGAAGAAGACGAUGAUACUGUUAAAAUUCAACCAACUUCUCCACAAUUGCCAAAGACUUUAUAUGGACAUUUAGCUGAUGUUUGUUUGAAAAAUAGUGAAGAAUUGAAAAGUUCUGAAAACCCAUUAUCUUUUGCUUUGUUGCAAGUUUCUUCUGCUUAUCAAGAAAUUGCCGUUGCUAGAUUAGAUCAAGACAAACAAAUCAUGGCUGGAUUAAAUUCUGAAUUAGUUAAAACUUUAAAUGAAAGUUUUAUUAAAGUUAAUGAAUUACGUAAAAAGGUUUAUUCAGCAAGAGGUGAAUUUGAUGUUUUAAGAAAUAAAUAUGAAAAAUCUGAUCCAGAAAAUGAAGAUUUGAUUAGUAAAGAAGAUGAAUUUGUAAGUGCUACUGAAGUUGCUGUUUUAGAAAUGAAGAAACUUUUAAAACCUUCUAAAAAUAUUGAUUUAUUGAAAGUUAUGAUUCUUGCUCAAAAAGAAUUCUUUGAACUUGGUGCUAAGAAAUUGACUGAAUUAUUGAAGAAUUUGGACAAAAUUCCAACCACUGGUGAAGAUGAAGAAGAAUAA